CUCGAGGGGUUUGUAUUUUCCAUGAAUGUUCUUUAUUCAGGGCAAAUUUAGCCAUUUUUGUAAAAGAAAGCCAUUUCCUUUUACAUUUAAUCAAAGUGAUUCAGCUCCUGAUGGAAGAGCAAAACGUUAUCACAGAGGUGCCGGCAGCCCUAAAGCGCCUGGCCAAAUACAUAGUGCGUGGUUUCUAUGGAGUAGAGUACUCCCUGGCCCUCGAUAUACUGAUCCGCUACCCCUGCGUGAAAGAGGACGACUUGUUACAGUUGCUCAAGUACGAACGUAAACAACUCCGUACUGUCCUCAACACGCUCAAGGCAGACAAGUUUGUGAAGCUGCGUAUGCGAGUUGAAACAGGGCCUAACGGGAAGAGCACAAGGCACAAUUACUAUUACAUCAAUUACAAGGUGCUGGUGGAUGUGAUAAAAUACAAACUGGAUCACGUACGCCGGAAAAUAGAAGCGGAUGAGCGGGAUUCAACUACCAGGUCCUCUUUUAAAUGCCCGUCUUGCUCCAGCACUUACACAGACCUGGAAGUCAAUCAGCUCUUUGAUGUAUUUACAGAGACUUUCCGCUGCACUUACUGCAACACUGAAGUAGAGGAAGAUGCCUCAGCACUUCCUAAGCGUGACGCUCGAACCUUGCUAGCAAAAUUCAAUGAGCAGAUUGAACCUAUCUUUGUGCUACUGCGUGAGACUGAAGAUAUUGUUCUGCCAUAUGACUUGCUGGAGCCUCAGCCAACAGAAAUACCAGAAUUAUCAGAAAGCUUUGAUCAGAAGGCAGGUUCAAGUGUGCUGGAAUCCUGCAGCCGACCUGAAAAAUGGUCCAACAGAAGUUCCUCUUUUGGCAAUAUGUACACCCAAAACUUAGUUAUUGAUGUCCAAGACUCUGAACCCAAGAAGAAAACAAGAGAAAAAGCAACUAAAGAGCAACCUAUUUGGAUGUCUCAGAGCACCGUGGAAGGAGCGACAACAGCCACCACCAAUAGUGUUGGAGUAAAUGCUUCUGAAGAAACUAAAGAAAGUGUUAAAGAAACCGUCACCGAUAAUGAAAUCAUCAAGACUCUUCUGAUCCAUGAAGCCAAGUCAUCAUCUAGCACAGACCAGGCUCCUGCUGUCAAAAGCAAAUUACCUGAAUUGGGCAGUGAUACUAGUGAGUCUGAAGAAGAUGCCAAGCACUCAAGAAGAGCAGGAAUGAAAGUAGCAGGCAGCAACUUUGAACAAGAGGAGGAGCAGGAAACACAAGGUCCUAUUUUAAUGGUAAAUGGUCAGCCUCGUUCAUAUGGUGAAGUUAGUGAAAAUCCAGAGCUUGUGUCUCUCAUGACAACUGAAGAGAGAGAAGCUUAUAUAAAAGUAGGACAAGAAAUGUUUCAGUCUGUCUUUGAAUAA